AUGAACGCCGCUCCCCAACAACUCAAAGUUCUGCUGACCGGCGGUGCCCGAGGAAUUGGGCGCGGACUGUUUAGACACCUCCUGACAGCUGGACACGAUGUCAUAAUUCUAGACUCCAACAAGGAAGAGCUAGAGCACGUUAGAUAUCGAGCACAAGAAUGGUCGAAAGGGCGGAAGGGGAGCUGGUUUGCGCUUGAAUGCGACCUCAGCAAGCGAACGGAAUUGAAGACUGCUGUCGACGAAGUUAAAAGAAAGUUUGGGGGCAGGCUCGAUGUUCUGAUCAACAAUGCUUUCCCCACCGAUCUCUCACUAUCCAAAGAUCGAAGUAUGGAAGCUGAAGGAGAAGACAUCGAAAAAGAGUGGGAUUUGAAGGUUGCGAUUGGUCUCACUGCGCCGUACAUACUCAGCCGCCUUUGCGUCCCACUUCUAGCUGCUGGACGCUCUACUCCGAACUCUCCUGGUACUAUCAUCAACAUGUCAUCAACGCGCGCCCACCAAUCUGAAUCUGACCACGAAGCCUACUCAUCCGUCAAAGCUGGACUGUUAGGAUUGACACAGUCGAUGGCAGUGUCUUUAGGCCAUCGUCACAAGAUCAGGGUCAAUGCAAUUAUCCCGGGAUGGAUUCACGUAGCCAACGAGAACAAAGCUGCAGAUGAUGGUAAUGUCAAGUGGGAGGAAGGCUUGAGCAAGGAAGACACUGCUUGGCACCCAUCUGGGCGAGUGGGUAAAGUGGAGGAUAUCGCGAAGGCGGUAGAAUACCUCAUUGGAAACGAGUUUGUGACUGGUCAGGAGGUUGUCGUGGAUGGCGGUGUCGGGAGAAAGAUGGUCUACCCCGAUGAGCCACCCACACUCCACGAACAAGGCAUGCCCAAUGCUGCGCGCGCCCACCGUAGCAGGACUGCCAAGAAGAACGCACUUUCCAAGGACCUCAACGUUACUAUUUCCUCUUCAGAUCAGGCUUUUUUGACCAAAUCCUUCAGUACCGUCAAGAACGUCAUGACGGAGCAAAACGCUGGGUCGACAGCCAAUGCUCCCAGCAUCAGUGAUGCUGGUGUUUCAGCAUCUGAUGCUUUACCUAAGAAGCCAGGUCAACUAUCGUCUUCUCCUAUCGUGGAUCAGGCCCUAGACAACCUGUUGGUGAUGAUACGACCUGAGCGUCAAGCUCUUCUUCAGGGCCCAUGCAUUACCAUUCACGUGGGUGAAACGUCGGUUAUCGAUAUCUCCAAGCGCGCUGCAAUGGCUGCUUCUUCUGUCCUUCACAAGCACUUCACCGCCAAUCCUGAGUCGCUGGAAUAUCGUUUCUCGCGUGAUCAAGUUCAUUCUGGCGCAGUCCGCUUUCUGCUCAUUGACUGGAUGCAGGAGACGUGCAAUGAGUUUGAAGCCUAUGCCAUCCCAGCUCAGAAGACCUUUGGCGAAGACGUUGCUAUCUUGUGCGCCGCUCGCUUGUUGGGCAUGGAGCGUUAUUGCCGUCAUAUUCUCACCGGCUAUAUUGGUUACCUUAAGACCCAGCUUCCGAGUUACGAGGAGAUCAUUGCUAUCGAACAGAACGCCACCUCUGAUAAAGACCCGCUCUGGACUGCGAUGAUCAACCACCUCUGUCAUGAUCGCUACAAAGGUCUUCUACCUGAUCCUGAAGACUUCGAGGCGUUUCUGGAGAAGCACACUCGUCUGAAGAAGGCUAUGGAGUCGGCUGAUAUCUUCUUCGCUGGAUACGCGAAGAAGCGAGCUGAGGGUCGCGAGAAAGCGCGCCGCCAGCGCUGGGAGCAAAAUCAGGCCGAGAAAUGUCAGCGUAUUGCAAAGGGACAGCUUGCUGCUGAAUCAUUGAAGAAGAAGCUAGACGAGAAGGGCUCCGGUCUCAUGUCUGUCACGACGGAUGAGGCGGAGGUGCUACGAGGGCGCACUCGCACCCGUUAG